UUGCAGGUCAUACAAUAAUGGCUAGCAUUACCAGCUUCUUGAUGCGCAACUCAACGGACAACCCGCCAUUUGAAUUUACCGACAACACCCAGCGAAUCAUAGUUGGUAUUCUUUAUCUGACAGUAUCUGUACUGGGAAUCGUCGGUAAUUUUCUGGUGAUCCUGGCUGUGCUACUGUCCAGAAAGCUCCGCACGACUACCAACACCUUCGUGGUCAACCUGAGCGUCGCGGACUUGCUGACCUGUUUGGUCAUCCCAUGGGAUGCUGUGGCUUCGCUGGGCAAGAACGGCCUACCAGUUAGUGAAUGGGUCUGCGGCGUGGUUGCCGUUGUCCAAUUCACCACCGUCGGGUGCAGCAUCUUCACGUUGGCCUCGAUUGGCCUGAACCGCUUGCUGCUGAUCACACAGCCGACUGUCACGUAUCGGAAGAUCUACACACCCAAGAAGAUCGUUAUCUGGCUGACACUGACUUGGCUCAUCCCACUUCUCGUCACAGCCAUACCACCAUCAUUAAACAUAGGCGCGGUUGGCUACAACGCCAGGUAUCGGUUUUGUGGUUCAGUUACCUCGCAUCCAUUAUACAACACCUAUAACAUCAUUAUAGGUUCGGUCCUAUACCCCACGCCUUUCAUCAUCAUAAUCUGCUACGUCCUCAUCUGGAGACACAUAUACCGCCAUUCCAAGAGGCUUCGUAAUCCCGCAGCAUCGGUUCAAUUCAUGGCCAGCGAAUCCUCGCAGUCCCAGUCAGCAAUCCCCACAACGACGGUAGCGAGUGCUGGCAGAGCCCAGAACUCUAGCAUUACGCGCUACCAGACUGACAUCACUAAGAAUGUGUUCUACAUCAUCUGCGCCUUUGUUGUGUGUCUGGGGCCUUUUGCCGUGUGCCCGUCCUUUAGAGGAUGCGACCCAGCUGUACCCUAUACAGCUGCCAUCUUAUUUGCCAACAGUUGCAUCAACCCUUUGCUAUCAAGCACCGUGACUUUAAGAGCGUUUUCAAGUGCAUUGUACGUAGGCAAUGGGAAAAAAUCCCACAACCCUCUGGCUUUUUGAAGAACCUACGACAAACUUAGCCCUCGUCUGAUUUGCUAGCUGAUUGUGGUAAGGAGACUGUUUCAUCAUGCAGGCCUAAAUACUGGGCUGCAAGUCGCAAGUCUACGAACGGAGAUCACAGUGUAAACUUUGAGUCAGUCAACUGUGACCAUUUCCAAACAGCGUGUUGAAAACAGUGUUUAUGCUGGCCAAGAUUCUACAUGUACUGACUAAGGCACCUGCAUGCCAUUCGAAGCACAGCUUACGGUAAUAAAAGGACAUGUCGACCAAGACAACUCUUCAAUUACCCACCAUUUGGGCUACCAAAGUAAAAAAAAGGUCAACUUUUGCUGGCAAAGGAUUUACCUCAUACUAGCGCGAAAAGAGAAUAUAUUUUUAUUUAGUAUUCAUUGUGUUCUACUAAAAUUACCCGUUGGGAGACGCGAUCUAGUAAUUCUGUGGCAUACAGCGGACAUCGGUCAUAAGGGAAACAAACAUCUCCCGAAAGUUACAAUUACUUGGAGGACGCAAAAUCUUACCGUCGCAUACAUGACACAGACUGAUAGAUCGUGGUCAAAAACCUAAAUACACGACCAGCAAGGUCAGGAUAGGAUAAUAGAAUCAAGAUAUUGGGUUAGGUGUCAUCAAACUUUGGAAAAAAAAUGUGUACGUUCCGAAGGGAAUACCUUCCUGAGGUAAUCUCUGAGGUAAUUAUUACUUCGCGUAUUUCGUGUUUUCAUUGCUCCUUGAAAUAUUUUACCUCGGUAAAUCAUUUUAUUAAAUGUAGCAUUCGUACCGACGGUUAGCAACAGUUACUUUGAUUUCCAAUCAUGGGCAAAAAUCAUAUUGACAUAACAAUUGAAACAUAUAGGCGAACAAUAGAAACAAUGGAUUUUUAAAAGACAGAAAAGUAUGGAAAAAAUGGGCUUAAUUCUCCGUCCAAACGUGACUUCUAUACUAGAGUCAUCGUAUAGAAAUUAGAGCAUGGCCCACGUCCUGUGCUAUUUUGCUGCCUUCCUUAACUGGUCAAGGUGCGUGAAUAAGUUCCGGGACUAAAACGAAGAAUCGCUGUCUGUGAAGAUUACGUUAGGAUGUGCCGAAUAUUCGAUUGAUUAUCGAAUAUUCGAAUGUUAUUUUCCGAUUUUGAAUAUUCAAAUCCAAAAGUCAUGAAAAGGAUAAUUUUCUUUUGUUUUAAAUGAGAAAAAUUUGCACUAUGGAGGCAUGUUUCAAGUGGAUUCAAUUGAAAAGCGACAGAAAUCUUAAAAUUCAAAAAAUAAAUUAUUCAUUAAAUUUAAAAGUAACAGAAAUUUUCAACAGCUAGGGCAACAAAUAUUGUUCAUCUGUUAAAUCUUGCUAAAUCGUGGCUGGAGA